AUGACAACUUUGGAGGCUUUAAAAAUUUUAGGAAUAGAUCCUAAAGACGAUUUAAAUGGAACAGUAAUUAUGGAUCAUUAUAUAUUAUAAUAUGUGAAAAAUAAUCCCGAAACAGGAGGAUCUUAAUAUAUAUAGGCAAAAAUUACAAAUGCUAAAGAUUAUCUUAUUUAAGUUUGUGGGGGAUAUGAAGAAGAACUAAGAUGGAGAUAAGCCAAAAACUUAGAAACAGGAGAUGAUAGUAUUAGAUAUGAUAAAACUUAAGAUUUUGAACUUAAUUUUAAUAUUGUGGAUCCUUAUAAAGAUUUAAAGCAAGAAGAUAUUGAGAAAAAAGUUAGAUAAGCAAAAGAAGAAUAAGCAUAAGGAGAAAAUAGCGAAGAAAAUGAAGAUAAUCCGAAUUAAUAAGAAACAGAAUAGGAAAAACAAUAAAAUAGUGAAGAAAAAAAAGAUAAUAAUGAAGAAAUGAGAGAUGAUAAAAAUGAAAUAGUUAAAAAUAAUGAAAAUUAAAAAAAAAAAUGA